CUUCGAUCAUGCCGCGCUUACUCCCCAUCUCAGCGGCUACAUUGGCUCUGGCCCAGCUCAGUUAUGGCUGGGGCAACUUAGGUCACGAGGCGGUGGCCUACAUUGCCCAGAGCUUCGUUGCUUCUUCAACUGAGUCCUUCUGUCAAAAUAUUUUGGGCGAUGACUCCACCUCUUACUUGGCCAACGUUGCAACAUGGGCCGAUUCGUACAAAUACACUGAUGCCGGAGAAUUCUCCAAGCCAUAUCAUUUCAUUGAUGCACAAGACAACCCACCGCAGAGCUGUGGAGUAGAUUACGAUCGGGAUUGUGGUAGUGCUGGGUGCAGUAUCAGCGCGAUCCAAAAUUACACCAAUAUUCUGUUGGAAUCCCCAAACGGCUCGGAGGCAUUGAAUGCCCUGAAAUUUGUGGUUCAUAUCAUCGGAGAUACUCAUCAGCCCCUGCACGAUGAGAACCUCGAGGCCGGUGGUAACGGUAUUGAUGUGACGUAUGAUGGAGAAAAAACCAACCUCCAUCAUGUCUGGGAUACCAACAUGCCCGAGGAAGCCGCAGGUGGCUAUAGUCUCUCGGUCGCAAAGACCUAUGCCGACCUUCUGACUGAGCGCAUCAAAACCGGUGCCUACUCAUCCAAGAAGGACUCAUGGACAGAUGGGAUCGAUAUCAAAGACCCUGUGGCGACAUCAAUGAUCUGGGCGGCCGACGCCAAUACCUACGUCUGCAGCACAGUGUUGGAUGACGGACUGGCAUACAUUAACUCCACGGACUUGUCCGGCGAGUACUACGACAAGUCUCAGCCAGUCUUUGAGGAACUGAUCGCGAAAGCUGGGUAUCGGUUGGCGGCUUGGUUGGAUCUGAUUGCGAGUCAGUCCUCUUGAAGGAAACGUUCCAGAGAGUGCGCAUUCCCGUCUUAUGAAAGCUAAGCUUAGUAUAUGUAAGCUAUUUGAUCUGUGCCUACGUGGCGAACUCCCCAGGGAAGGCUCAAGAAAGAAUAACCUACUAAUGUAGCGAAAUGUAUACUCACUAUGAACUAUCCUACUACCAAAGACUCUCUCGCUUCCAAAUUUUGUUGUAUGGAAGGUAUAUAACUAAAAGAAUUGCAGAUGCUAUGAACAUAAUUAAAAUACACUGUCGCAAUGGC